AUGAAGAUACAUUUCUGGUACGGAAGACGACUCGGUGGCGUAGUGUGUAUCUUGUUGUGGUCAGUUCACGCCGCACAAACUGCAACCGAAGAGAAUGAUUGGAAAAAGUGUAUUCAGAGUGUUCCCAAAUCUUUGACCAAAUCUCAGCAAGAACAUUUGUGCGCUCAUGAUAGACGGAAUCAUCAUCAGCCAACAAUACCUGGAGAAUGUGCCAAAGUGGCUCUCGGAGGGAGGCCUGCGAGAGGUGCCUCAAGAGUCGAAACAAUACGCGCCGCCUCAAUCACACAGCUAUGUUCAGGGGUACGUAACAUAGGCCCAGCAGAGUGCUGGGCUGUUUUUCCUGCUCGAUUUUUUCAGCAAGUGCUUUCUGAGUUUGAUUCGUCUAUUGCUGAAACAAACGCCGACUCUGGCAUUGCAUUCACGCCUUUGAUAAGAGUUUGCAAGAACGCUCAAGACGACCGCCCUGCUCAAUGUUUGCUUUUAUGGUUCAAAAUGCGUAAAGCUUCAACCAAACACAUUGCUCGAGAAGCUCUUGAUAUUGUGGUUGCACUGUGCAAACGCUUUGAUGGACAUAAAUUCGCUCUUAAGCAGUGCAUCAAGCAGGCCUCGCUUCACAUGAGAAACAGUGUGGCUUUAGAUGCUCCAUUUCUCCAGCUUUGCCAAUUUAUCGGAGAUGGCAAAAAAUUGCCUGCUAUCAUGGAAUGCGUCUCCAAUCUGAAAAUCCGAAAAGUCACACCCGAAGUCAUUGCCCGUAUUUGCUCUAAAGCCUCCGAUGUUAUAAAGCCUCAUACUUGUCUCAUAGAAGCGCAACAGAAGCUUCGCUGGAUGAGUCAAGAUGCCCAAUUAUCCUUGUGCAAGAGCGCUGUUGUUAAAGCAGCGAUUGCCCCCGUUAAAUGCGCUAUGGAAAUCAAGGCUAUGCAACAGAGGUUGCUGCCGACCAAUGCACCAGUCCCUCAAACAACAGAGUAUGGUCUUUUCGCGGCAAAUCUAUGUCAGAAUGCUACAGAUACGAUGUCUAUUAUAGCUUGCGUGAGAGAUAUCUCAGGUGAUGCGUUCACCACAGACCAGAUUCUUCGACUUUGUACAGCUUCUACAAUGUCUUCUCAAUUGCUAACCAACGCCGAUGCUGCUUCACAUUAUCCAACGAGAUGUGCUACUCAAACUCGGUCGCUCUUACAACGAGCGAUGACUUUAACAACUAAUAAAUCAAGCAGUCUCGGCAUGUCUGUAUCCGCAGCCGCAGUUUACCUGUGUGCAAAUGCCACGUCAUAUGCACCUAUCAAAUGUUUGGCGGAUACGCAACGUGACCAAGCGCUAUCACCUGAUCUUCGGGUAUUACUUUGCCAUAAAGCGACUUCCAAUUUUCCGCAGUUAUGCUUGUCUUAUGAUCGAAAAUUUGUUAGUGCGCGUCGUUUUGAUAUCUACGACGCAGUGAUUGCAUGUCAGCGCACCGACUCACUAGGGCCCGCGAACUGUCUUACUGAACUGUUUCGAGCUACUGUCUCCGUGAGAGGAAAAAUUGCCGCUGAGCUAUGCAAUGGAGCAAUGAAUGUAGAGCCAGCCCGUUGUUUCAUCGCGUUUCCUGCUCAUUUUGAUGAUCAAAUGAAGUUGCAUCUGUGUAAUCAGGCUAAAAGUGCGACUUCUGCAUUAUGUGCAGAUUCUGUCAUCAAUCGCUUUGCGAAUCAGCCACAGUUAAAAGUCUCCCUAUGUCGUGGUGCAACCACAGCUGCACCUGCAGCUUGUGCCAUCGAAGCCCCCUUCGGCAUGGAUGGACGAAAUGUGGUAGAGCUUUGCCAUUCAGCGAAAGGCACUGCACCUGCAAUGUGUGCUCAAAAGGUUCCAGUAUCAUGGAAAAUACCUUGGAACUUGGUGGCUCAAGUAUGUGCGGAUGCCGUUUCUACGACCCCUGGCCGUUGCUUGAUGUAUCAUGUCCAAAAAUCUCGAGUGUAUCGUCGGGUUCUUGAUGACAGUCGUAUCAAAUCUGAGUGUCGGCAUGCUGUGGCAAUACCAAUAGCUUUAAAAUUUGCCAAAGCUUUGUACAAUUGUCCCAAACUUCAGCCGAUAUGUGCCUUGCUGAUCGUGGUAAACGCGGUGGACCAGUACGGUGGUGAUUUCAUCGAUAGCGGCAGUCAAGUGAGUGGCACUCAUACUGUUUACGUAACUGCUGCAUUUACCGACAGUUACGAUGAAAGUCACAAGUAUGAUCAAGACGAGCAGCCAACACUACACGGACGUUUGUAUGCCAAUAUGAUUAACGGAUCUGCCGUCUUCCGCAAUAUGUUCUUCACUGGAGCCGGCGUAUUCACCCUCACAUUUUAUGGAAACGAAGGCUUUGCGAAAGAAGUUGUACGCAUUACCGUGCACCCGGACUUCGCUGCUGAAGCGUUACAAAAUCGUUGCCUUAAGUUGUUCACUCGCUUUCAGUGCAGCACUGCCUUUUCAAAGUAUGACUAUCAGUCAAGUGAGACUCAAAUUUUGCUUUUGCCCCAUGGGCUUCAAAUAAGCGCGAUCGCGUGUGGACAUUACUGGAACCAUAGUAUGGGCGGCCUUGUCUUCAGUGGCUAUGCAGCUCACAACCACGUGCUCUACGCUAUUCCUCGUCGAAUUUACGAACUCUUCACAAGCGUGGACAUUCCUCGAGCUGGCAUGAGCGCUUGGGCGCUCUUAGGACUCCGUGAAGGCGAAAACGGCCGCACCGUCAUCCGCCGAGCUUACCACCAGCGAUCACUGCAGUGGCAUCCAGAUAAGUGGAACGCUUUGGUAGCCACUUUGCCUUCUGUAUGGCAACGAAGAUUCCGCGAUGCUAACCACAUUAUUCGAAUUGAAUUUGUUAUGCAGGAAACACUGGUGGCAAUUUUGCGCGGAAUUCGGAAUGGCUCACUCUACGGCACCAAAGUGCGCGCUCCGCAUGCAAUGGUAAUGAUCUUUCUUUUCCAUAACGGAUCCUUUCGCAAGAAGAUUCGCGAUAUCGUGCAUCUCACCUUUGAACACAGCAAAAAUCUGGCCCUUUUUGUGGGCGCCUAUAAAUCUGUGCUAGCAGCGUUGCGUGUGCACCAGGAGUAG